AUGGGUCAAACCAAGCUUUUCGUGGACGCUGUCGAUGUUGCCGGUCGCGUGCACUCGACCGCCGAAAUACGCCACAAUCCGUCGCAACCGUGCUCGGACGACACCUCGGAGAAGUGGCAGAAUGCUUUCGAUGGCCGUCAUCUAGAAGACGCUUGCGCAGGAGUCGCAGUCUUUGGGCGACGGCGUUACUGUGUUGUGCGCAUGCUUGCAGAAGCUGAGAAGCCACUCACGAAGUUCGACUCGAUGCGGGAAAUGGUGAGGGCUGUUCACGAUGCCCUUAUCGCUCACAAAGUGGCCUACGAACAGGCCCACCUGUUGCACCGCGACGUGUCUCCGAGCAAUAUCCUCAUCACAUUCAGCGGCGGCUGUCUUGUCGACUGGUACUCUACGCUCGACCGGCGUCUUACGACGGGGUGCGUUGACGAUGAUGAUGACGAAGCUUGUACACCGCAGAGGGUGUUGUCACCGUUUGCAUCCUACGCAUUAUGGGAUGGUAUGAAGGUCACCCACGACCUGCGUGACGACCUUGAGAGUUUCCUGUGGGUAAUACUCUAUAUGGCCGUUCGCUACCGUCCCAUCAAUCUCGAUGCGAGAUCGACCUUGUGGUAUCUUUAUACGACCUUCAACAUCGGUCUAUCGUAUACGAAGGACAAAGGGGACACUCACUACGACUACGUCGGUGGCGCAAAGAAGCUUGACUUUCUUCGAGGAUAUAGGUCCAGUUUUGGCCGCAAGGAGGUUUACAGAAGCCUUCCUCAGCCGCUUCAGUUCUUGCUGGUCAACCUCUCUUACAUCUUCUUGCCGCUAUACCCUCCCAGCUUGAGGGUGUUCCUUUCCGUGCGCGACUCCACAGAGGUUGUUGCAGAGCUCCACCCUGACUUGCCCGUCGACGAGCUUUACGGCGGCAAGGUUCUCACGGGCAAGGAUAUUUGGCGCCUUCAAGAAGAAUGGAGACGGGUACCAGGGGAGAAAAGCGCGGUCGACUUUGAACUUCCGUCUGGCACUGUCAUCACUUUCAAAGAAGAGUCUAUCGAUUACACGCCCGUGGAAACGCAUGCGAUGGUCCAGCGCGCAAUCCUGAUUGCCGCUUGGACGGAGACGUCAGCUUGGGAUCAUGAUGCCAAGGCUGAGGACCAGCUUCCUCGACUCCAAGCCGCAUUCGUGAACGACGCCGUCGACGAUGCCUAA